UUUGUGAAUUAGGGUUUCUCUGGCACUCGGCUUCUUUCUGGUUGCGAAGAAGAGCACCGCAGAGAUACUGAAAUGGCGCCCAAAACCCCUAGAGUUACUCGUAACCCGGAUCUAAUCCGAGGUGUCGGCAAGUACUCCAGGUCUAAGAUGUAUCACAAGCGAGGUCUUUGGGCCAUCAAGGCCAAAAAUGGCGGAGUGUUCCCUCGUCACGAUGCGAAGCCGAAAGCUGAUGCCCCAGCUGAGAAGUCGCCGAAGUUUUACCCUGCCGACGAUGUGAAGAAGCCCCUUGUCAACAAGCGCAAGGCCAGGCUCACGAAACUGAGAGCCAGCAUUACUCCUGGUACUGUGUUGAUAAUCCUUGCUGGGAGGUUCAAAGGGAAGAGAGUUGUGUUUUUGAAACAGCUGCCAUCUGGGUUGCUUCUGGUCACUGGCCCUUUCAAGAUUAAUGGUGUUCCUCUAAGACGGGUGAACCAAUCGUAUGCCAUUGCAACCUCCACCAAAGUUGACAUCUCUGGAGUUAACGCAGAAAAGUUCGAUGACAAGUAUUUCUCCAAGGAAGUCCAGAAGAAGAAGAAGAAGGGUGAAGGCGAGUUUUUCGAGGCCGAGAAAGAGGAGAAAAGUGCUCUCCCAGCUGACAGGAAGGAUGACCAGAAAGCUGUGGAUACACCAUUGAUCAAGUCGAUCGAGGGGGUACCGGAGUUGAAGGCUUACUUGGCUGCAAGGUUUUCCCUCAAGGCUGGAAUGAAACCUCAUGAGCUUGUCUUUUAGAUAAUGGGUCUGGUUUUUAUUUUUUUAGAUCAUCACCUUGUUUUUUGUUCGUCUGAACAUGGCUAUGACUUAUGAUAGUUGCCUUGUCCCAAAUUUUGAUUCUAAAUAGAGAUUCCAUGUUUCGUUAGCUCUGUUUUAUUAAUGAAUACUGUGUUCAGUUUC